GAACAGUCUGUCUGUGGACGCCAAGGUCGCGGGUUGAUGUGCACAACGGAUUUCUGUUGAUACAACACUUCCAAAUGAAACAGAAAGACAUUGGACUAAUCGUAACUGUUUAGUGAUAGUUUUUCGAUUUUUUUUGGGAGCUGUAUGUGGAAAUUAUGGAUUUUUUUGGGUUUUCGGAUGAAUUCGAUCUAAUCAUACCGCAUGAAGUACCUUCGGAUCAAUUAUAAUCGACCGAUAAACGAAUAGCCGAUUCGUCAUAAAUCAAUCGAAUGACUACACAAUGAUCGUUAAUGCUAUGGCUUCGUAUUCGGCAACAGUUUCGUCAAAUCUACCGAGCGUCAUACAAAAUAUCACCGCCCAAAACAAAAUCAACGUCACCACCAUAGAAAACACGCACCCGAAUUGGACGGAUUUAUUAAUUUUAAUAAUAAAAGGGGGCGUAUUUUUCCUUAUAAUAAUCAGCGCGGUUUUGGGCAACGCCCUAGUCAUAAUAAGCGUCCACAGACAUCGCAAAUUGAGAGUCAUUACCAACUAUUACGUAGUGAGUUUAGCGAUGGCGGAUAUGUUGGUAGCACUGUGCGCUAUGACGUUUAACGCGAGCGUAGAACUAACCAACGGUAAAUGGCUUUUCGGUUACUUCAUGUGCGACGUCUACAACAGUUUAGACGUGUACUUUUCGACGGCUAGUAUAUUGCAUUUAUGUUGUAUAAGCGUCGAUAGAUAUUACGCUAUAGUUAGACCGUUGGAAUACCCCAUAACCAUGACCCACAACACCGUAUCUUUCAUGCUGGCCAACGUAUGGGUGUUACCGGCUCUAAUCAGCUUCACGCCGAUAUUCCUCGGCUGGUACACCACCGACGAACAUCAACAUUUCAGAAUGAACCAUCCGGACGUUUGCAAUUUCAUCACCAACAAAUAUUACGCUGUCAUAAGUAGUUCUAUAAGUUUCUGGAUACCGGGUAUAGUUAUGGUUACCAUGUAUUGUAGGAUAUAUAAAGAGGCCGUUCGGCAAAGGAAGGCUCUCACUAGGACUUCGUCGAAUAUCAUUUUGAAUUCGAUUCAUCAACAUAGAACGUCGUAUCGAGAUCGAUUCGGCGAACAUUAUCUUCAUCCUUCCGAUGGGGAAUUGACGACCAUCGGUCAGAUUAACGGAAGGAGGAGUACCAGUUCCGGUUCGGCUGGAUCUUACGGUACCACAAUCACGGAAUUUAACACCGCGAUCAAUUCGAGAGACAGUAAAGCGGCUACCGAAUUGAACGUGAACGGAACGAGUAUCAAACAACAAGCAAAAAGUUGGAGAGCCGAGCAUAAAGCAGCGAGAACUCUUGGUAUUAUCAUGGGGGCUUUUUUAUUUUGUUGGCUUCCUUUUUUUCUAUGGUACGUAAUAACGAAUUUAUGCGGGGAAUCGUGUUCAACGCCCGAAUGGUUGGUAGGACUUCUCUUCUGGGUAGGAUAUUUCAAUUCGGCCCUCAAUCCCCUGAUCUACGCCUAUUUCAACAGGGAUUUCCGGGAAGCUUUCAUGGAUACGCUUCUUUGCGUCAUGCCUUGUUGUUUCACCUGCUGGAAAACACCUGCAAGAUUCCUUUAGCCGCGGGAUACCUCGCCCGGUUAUUAUCAAGACGAAAGGCUGUGAUAUUGAUGUUUUUUUUUUUUGGUUUUGUUUCCGUGAGUAUUCGGAUUCCUAUUUGAUUCGUCUAACUUAUGUAGCGACCCUCGUAUAUUAUUGUGUUUAUUUCAGGUUGUUAAUCGAUGCUUCUGAUGUAUAAAUUCCUUCGAAAUUUCACGAUUACAUUAAAAAAAACGAAAUCUGUACUCAAUUUUGUAUAAUUUGUUUAAUUAAAUCUUAAUUGGAUGACGUAUAUAUCGUAAUUGGUAUAAUUAAGUAUGAUCCGAUAGUUUUGAUACAAAAUAUUCAAGUUUUUGAUAUUUUUAAUGAUUUUUUUUUAAUUAUUAUCAACUAAUAAAGUCUGUAAAGUUGUAUACAGCAUACAAAUAUUUGUGGUUAGGUCUUGGACGAUUUUAAUAUCAAUUUUAUCGUUUUUUUAGGAAAAUUCUACGACGUGAUUGUUUUUCAUCUUGUUCUUUCCACUUUCCAUCAUACUUUUCGCGUUAUCUUAUUUUGGUAAUCCUCAAAAGAUUCACAUAAAGUCUGGAUAUACUUUAUAGUCGAUUUCGUAUUUCAGACCAGAAUUCCAUCAACAUUUCGUAAGUACCCCGUAACUUUUUUGUAGUUUGGUAUUUUCCACGAUUUUCCACCGUAACUUGAGACUAAUUUUUCAAUGGAAAACCUGCCGGAAAUUGUAAGUUAUCAGCAACUUCCUGAUAUGUUUUAAGCCCGGUCAAAAUUUCGGAUUUUUCCGCAUCCAAAGUUUUUUUAUUUCCCAGCUAGGUCCGCGAAUUAUUUUGUACCAAAACUGUACUUUAUACGAUGUGUACCAUUUAAUUCGAUGGUAUUGUUUGAAAAUACUGAAAGCAAUAAUCUUGAGACUCAUUUUUUGCUUAAACCGAAGUGUUAACGAAGAACCACAAACUUAUUUUGUUUCGAAAAUUAUCGACGUGCCAAAUUAUCGAUUAUCGUUCUUUGAAAAGGUAAACCACCCUUAAAAAUCAUCAACAAAUGUAUUUUAAUAAAAUUUUGAUUUGCAAAUCGCGAUUUUAAUCAAUUAAUGACACAAUUAAUCGCAAAUACACAAAAUUUUCAAACAUUUAACGUAAUCAAUUUAUAAUUAACAUUUUGUAUUAUAUUUUCACCCCCGUUUGUUUUAUAUGAACUAGGAGAUCGAUUUUGGGUUUUUGUGAUAUGAAAAUUAUUUUUUUUAACUCACCCCCCAAAUAGUUUGUGAUUCAUCGAAAAAUAAAUGUUAGUAACUACAUAUAUACUGUGAUAAUAAUUUGUGUAGUUUCAUUGUGUAAAAAUUCGUAUUUACCCCAAAGGGUGGAUUGUUAAAUGUGUAAUAAUUCGUAUUUUUUAAUCUACUUUACAAAUAAUUCGUGUCUUAUAAUUAAUUUUUUUAUUAAACGAUCAUACAAAAAGAAAUUCAAAAUUCACUAAACUCUCGGUUUUUCCAACGCUGAAAUUUCUCUAUGAAUCUAACUAAUGCCGAAACAGUAGUACCUGGUCUAACCUAGAGAUGGCGGUAGUUGUUUAGUAUGCAUUUGACACCCAUCGAUAUUAUUUGUUGCUUUUGUAAACAUACUUUUAUUUAAAAGUCUAAACAAUACAAAAACUGAACUAAAUUCUAUUUUAAGUGAAAUUAAUCCUUCGGUAUCAACAAUAAUUUAUUGGGUAGCAAAGUUUAAACGAGACUGUACGAUCUAGGGAGUCCAACAACGCAGUGGUUAAUCAAAUGAAGUUAUUGCCCCAAAAAUGUUGAAGAAAAUCCACUGGAUGGUCUUGAAAUGUUUUAUAAUUACGAAGAUACUCCCAAAAGUAUAAAAGCUCGAUAUAAAGACCGUGGUGACUACCAUCUGUAUGUGUUUUUCUAAUUUGAAGACUUAAAGUUGUUAAAUAUUUGCUUGACAGUUUUAUUUGAAAGGUUUCAGUCUAACUAAUACGAAAACUGUACUAGAUUCAACGGUAAAAUGUCGGGUAGGAGCGUUUAAACGAGACUGUACGAUCUACGGAGUCCAACAACACCGAUUUCAUACAAGACAAACACUUCCAUCUGCAAGAAAGAUCAUGGCGUCGGUUUUUUUGGGAAAUAUUAACCAUUAGGAAGUACUUCGACAGUUUUCAGAAUACUCUGGUUCAGAUAUCACACUAAACGAGUGUUUCUCUCUAUUAAAACGAUUAAUGCGUUUCCCCCUUCAUGGACGAGGGCCCAAAUAACAUUUUUAGUGUAGAUCAUCAAUAGGAAAAUGAUUAUUACUAAUUUUGAUGCAUUUAUAAAUGAUUGAAUCAAGUUUUGAUCACUUCAAUGUUUCUAAACGUGAUUUCCACUGUUUAUUUAUCGCACUGUAUUAUAAAAACAUACUGCGUCGUCAAUAAACAAGAAGAUAAUUAUUAAUAAAUGAACUUUUCAUGAAAUUAUGACCUGGUAAAAGUUUAAAUUAAAAAAUACGAGUUUUCAUAUGGGAAAAUAUUACUUUUAAAUCACCCCCUGUAUUUUUAUUUCGAGAUGGUUUCGACGAACGAAAAUUCAAGUUUCAAAACAUCUGAUAUGCCUUGGAAAUUUUCCAAUAGAUUUAUGAAUAAAUAUCAAAAUAAUUUCUCACUUAUAGGUGCUAGUUAGUAACACAUAGCUCAAUACGGGACAUCCUGUAUAUUAAAUGUACAAUUUGAAACGUCUAGUAUGUCUGUUGUUGUUAAAAUUUUGUUUGUUAUCGUUAAUUAUUUUAAUUUUAUGCCAAAAAUAAGUUUAUUUACGACUACAAUCAGUUUUUUCCAAAUUGAAAUCAUAAAAAUAUUAAAUAAUUGACAUUUUUUACAUUAAAUUAAAAAAUGUUUGAUAAAUAUUAUCAGAAAUAGAUUUAUUAAACCACUAAAGUCGAUUUUUCCAUAACUUUUCAUCUUUAAAACUAUUGAAAUUGAUGUGGCAACUUCUAGGUUAUAAACGGUGACGUCAUUAUACACUCAAUCAGCUGAUAGCUUGCUGUUUAGAUGUAGAAGCGAUGUUGCCACGUUUUACGCUUGUAGGCACUUGUUUUUUGUUCCAAAAUAUACAAAAAAAUCGAGAAAAUCGUUACAAUGGUGGUUUAAUAAAAAAUUGUCCGCCAAAAAUUAAUUUUUUUUGUCGAAUUGUUAAAAAAAUUGUUGGUAAUUUUAAGUAAAUGUGAAAAUAUCUGUUUUUCUAAAAAAUAUUAGAGGAAAAUAUUAAGGUAAAAGACAAUCGUGUAGGCCUAUUCGUAAACCAUAGCAAAAUAUAUGAAAAAAUUUCAAUAAAAAUGAUUUUAUUACUUUUAUUCAACUUCCAGUUGAAUCACUAACAUUGUCGGAUGAAUAAUAAAUAUUUGUUUGUUGAUA